AUGAAGACCAUCAUAUUAGAAUAUGACGUUCUCGACGUGCUGGGCCAACAGCCGGGCAUGCACAGGCUCUAUACCCAGAUAUGCUGUGUCUACCCAAUGUCUGACCCAUCCGUUCAUGAUACUAUUGUCAAUACCUUGAGAUACGGACUUGAUAGACUGGCAAAGACCUUCCCGUGGCUUGCUGGUGAGGUUAUUAAUGAGGGAUCCAGUGCCGGUAAUACCGGCAUCUAUCGAAUUAUUCCUUCAGAAACGAUUCCUCUUAUCGUCAAGGAUCUCUGUCUGGACAAUUCUGCGCCAACAAUGGACACUCUACGAAAAUCCAAAUUCCCGAUGUCGAUGCUUGAAGAGAGUAUUAUAGCACCAUGUCUGACCAUCAAUCUCCCGGGAAAUACCGUCGGAUUGGCAGCUGAGUCUGCCCCAGUUUUCGCCGUCCAAGCCAAUUUCAUCACCGGUGGCCUCAUGCUUACCAUUGUCGGGCAACACAAUGUUAUGGACAUGACCGGCCAAGAUAAUAUUAUUCGGUGGAUGUCAAAAGCCUGUCACGGAAUCCCAUUCACAGCAGAAGAGGUAUCCAUCGGUAACAUGGAUCGAACCAAAACAAUCACCCUAUUAGACGAAGAUUAUACACCUGGUCCUGAGCUGGAUGAACAAACCAUUAAGCCUCCAUCCAAUAACAUGCCUGAUGUCUCUGGUCUACAUCCUGUGAAAUUGAAAUGGGCGUACGUGAACUUUUCACCAGGCGCGCUACAAACUCUUAAAUCUUCGGCAACAAACUCCAGGACUGUGCCAUCUGGAUUCGUUUCUACCGAUGACACUGUGUGUGCAUUCAUGUGGAAAUGUGUGUCUCGUGCUCGAGUCCAACGAUUGGAUUCGACCACUAAAUCAACAUUUGCCCGCGCUGUCGAUGUCCGAGAACGAUUGGGAGUGCCUACAACAUAUCCUGGAAUGUUGCAGAGCAUGGCAUACAAUUCGAGUACCCUUCAAGAUCUUGUCGAACAACCAUUGGGAGCCAUCGCGUCAGAAUUUCGAAGACAACUGGACCCUAAAGUGCGGGAUUUGGCAUACAAUACCCGCGCUCUUGCGACAUAUCUCACCAGAUCUCCAGAUAAGACGAAGGUGUCUUUUCUUGCGAGUGUAGAAUUACUGACGGGGAUUGCGCUUAGCUCAUGGGCCCGGAUAAAGUGCUAUGAUUUUGAUUUUAACCUCGGACUGGGAACACCAGAGUCGGUACGGAGGCCAGCAUUUAUGCCGUUUGAAAGUCUGCUAUACAUUAUGCCAAAGUCGCCACAGGGGGACAUGGCCGUUGCAGUUUGCGUUCGUGAGGAGGAUUGGGGCCGGUUAAGGGCAGAUGAAGAGUUUGGGAAAUAUGCUACUUACAUUGGAUAG